CAUGAAAUUCCUUGAAAAUGCAAAAUUCGAGGCUGUAAACAACUUGCUGUGUUUUGAAACUGGUGAAUAUAUAGUUGAAGGAAGAAUCGAAAGCUAUAGUUGUAAGAUGACUGGACAAGAUAAAAGAUUAUUCAGAGUCGUUAGUAGCGAUCAAAAACCGUCCACCUUGCAAGCUCUGUCUCCGCCUGAAUCAGCACAAGUGCAUGGACCUCAUCAUAGCCCUGGACAGUGUAGCAGAAGUAUUAGCAGUGAUAAUGGCGUACUUUGCGAUACUGUUUCAACUAAAACUCUAUUCUACUUGAUUUCAACUUUAAAUGAAUCUUUCCAUCCCGAUUAUGAUUUUUCUCAGGCUAAAAGCCACGAAUUCUCUCGCGAACCUAGUGUUCAAUGGGUUGUCGAUGCAGUCGACAAUCAGCUUCCUGCAGCCGCAGGUCCACGUAAUGCUGCUCUUAUUAAAGAUCGAUUAUGGGGAACUCUCGAUGAAGAGAUACAAUUGAACGAUUGCGAUAUUUACAGCUAUAAUCCCGAUUUGUCUUCCGAUCCAUACGGAGAAGAGGGUUGCGUCUGUAUUACGAACACUCGUAAUUACGAUGACGACGAUGAUAUGAAUCUGGAAUUAGACGAUUAA